AUGGUAACCGCUGGAGGUGCCCAGCCACCUGCUGGGCUGUAUGGGUGUGAGGGCCUGGCUGGGCCCCAUGUGGCCAUUGUGGCUGGUGUCUGGGCCCUCCUAGACCGUGUGCCCACGAGGACAGGGCAUGUCUGUGUCAUCACCGCUGCAGCCCCCAGCUCAGCCCUCAGGGGGGACGCGCCAAAGCAGGCUGUCAGCGACCGUCAGGAACAUGGGGAUGGCGGUGGGGAUGGGGGUGAUGGUGGGGAUAACAGUGGCGAUGGGGAUAGUGAUGGUGGUGAUGGGGAGGACGAUGAUGGGGGUGAUGGUGGGGAUGGCAGUGGUGAUGGGGGUGAUGAUGGGGGUGAUGGUGGGGAUAACAGUGGCGAUGGGGAUGGCAAUGGUGGUGAUGGGGAGGAUGAUGAUGGGGGUGAUGGUGGGGAUGGCAGUGGUGAUGGGGGUGAUG